GUAUCGAUUUGAUAUAUUCAUGUUUUAUCGCUCAUACCCAUGAUGUUGUGCAAUGACUGUUGAAAACAACGUACUGAACUCGCCAAAUAAAGAUACCAUAAGGGACAUGAAAAUGUGUGAUGGUCCUUUAAUGCUAUCAGACGAGAAUUCGACCAGUGUUAAUGAUAGAAAUGUGGUCUGUAUGUUAGCGGAUUUUGUUGAUAAAAAUACCCAGGUGAAGAAAAACAUAAAUCUGAAUGAGAACACUACGUUAGAAGAGUUUCUGAAAAUAGUAGCUAAACAAUUUGGUUACGUCAUCGGAACUUUCUCAGUUUCAUUAGAAAAGCUCAACCAGGAAGAAAAUAUAACUGUUGAAGAGGAAGAACGAACGAAAACCCUAGGCGAUAUUUGUGACAGAGGUACACGUAAUCAAUUCCUAAUAUUGGAGAAAGACGGAGUCAAGGUUGAAAAAGAAAUGGUUGAUGCCUCCGAUGAUCUGGAAACUGGAGCCUCAUUAAUUAGCGGUGAAAAUACUAUUCUCUCCAAAGGUUCUAAACGGACUACAAUUCUUCCCCAUUCAGUCUUCACUUCGAAUUCCUCGAACGAUGGGGGAUUUACUGGUUUAGUUAAUCAGGCUAUGACUUGUUACUUGAAUAGUUUGUUGCAGACUUUGUACAUGACUCCAGAGUUCAGGAAUGCCAUAUACAGAUGGAAAUACAUCCCUAAACAGUCAGAAAUUUCAAGAGGCCAAGAUAAAUCAUGUCAUAAAAGUAUUCCAUAUCAACUUCAGAGACUCUUUCUAAACAUGCAAACGAGUAAAAAAAGGGCCGUUGAAACAACAAACUUAACGAAAAGCUUCGGCUGGGAAAGCUCUGAAGCUUGGCAACAACAUGAUGUCCAAGAACUGUGCAGAGUCAUGUUUGAUGCUCUAGAAACCCAAUGGGCUGAGACGGAUCAAGCUAAUUUGAUCAAUAAGCUGUAUCAAGGAUACAUCAUAGAUUAUGUCAAGUGCCUCGAAUGUGGUUACGAGAGUGCAAGAGAAGACACGUUUUUAGAUAUUCCUCUAGUAAUUCGCCCCUUUGGAUCCGACAUAUCUCAUCGAUCUGUAAUGGAGUCCCUAGAAGCAUUCGUCACGCCUGAAAAACUAGAAGAGCCGAAUCAGUAUGAAUGUAGCAAAUGCAAAGAAAAGCGAGAUGCUCAUAAAGGUUUAAAAUUUAAAAAAUUACCGCACCUUCUUACGUUACAACUGAAACGGUUCGAUUUUGACUAUCAAACAAUGCAUCGCAUUAAGCUAAACAAUCGCAUGGAAUUUCCAACUACACUUUUUUUAAAUAAGUUGAUCCAUGAAGAGAGUGAUAAAAGCAACGGAAGAUGCAAAGGCGAUGUUUAUGGUGAUCUUAAUAGUCUUGAAAAGUCAACGCAAAAGAAGUCUGACGAAACGAACUCUGGAGAGAGCAAUUUGGAAAAAACAAACGUUUAUGAUUUAUUUUCUAUAAUGAUACACUCUGGAAGUGCUAUAGGAGGGCAUUACUACGCAUAUAUAAAAAAUUUCAGGGAUAAUGAAUGGUAUUGCUUCAACGAUCAAAACGUCCAAAAGAUAUCACCCGAAGAUAUAGAGAGAACAUAUGGUGGAAGCUCAUAUUCGGCCCUCUACUCCUCAACAACUUCUUCAGCUAAUGCGUACAUGCUGUUUUAUCGUAAAGUCAACUCAAACGAAGAUUUUUUGUCGGAACAAGAAUUUCCGGAGCAUAUAAAAAAGGAAAUAAGUAAGAUACAAGAAGAUGAAGAGCUUGAGAAACGUGAAAAGGAAUUAGAAAAUGAAAGAAUUCGCAUUAAAGCAUACUGUUGUUUACCUGGUGAAACUGAGCUACAGGAAUGUAGCAUUCGUAUACAUAGAGAUAAACCUUGGGAUGAGGCAACAAACUAUGUCUAUGAUGAAUUCAACCUAAAUGAGAAAUACUUGCCGAGGAAUCGAACUAGAUUAGUUAAAUUCGAGGAGCACUGCAACAAUAUUUGCGAAAGCUUUGAUUUGGAUGAAAAACGGAAAAUAGGAGAAUUACUUAAUUGCUCUUCAUCAUUUGCUCCUUGUGAACUUCUUUUGGAAUGUAGAGCAGAGAACGAACAGUUUGAAAAUUUUACUUCAGAAGUUGGUCAAAGAGUAGUUAUCCGCUAG